AUGGGACCAUUAACGACAGCAGAAGAUAAAAAAAAAUCUUCGACUUCUCCAAGUCCACCAAAGCUUCAAACUUCUAUCCCAGAAGCAGUCCCCGUUGAACUAAUUAGAAGUUCAACAAAUUCACCCUCCCAACAAUCAACGAUGGCACCUGCUAAAUGCAUUCUUCCCGACGAUGAUGAAAAUUUCCUCGACAGCGAUGAUGAUGCUGUUUACCUGAUUAACGAACCUUCUUCGCCGGCAAGCAAAAAGUCCCCCUCUCAGCAACGCAUCUCGAAACCUUUCAUAUUUGGCAACAUGUGGGACUCGAAAAAUUCUUCCCAGAAUACCGAGGUAGCGAGUGAUACUCCAUCAAUAUCAACACCUCUUACACCACCCGUAACAAAAAUCUCCUUAGAAAAUCAAGCAAAUACACCAAACAACGAAGCUUCGAUUAUAAUUCCCGAUGUUUACUUAGAUAAUGAUCCGAUGGAUAACAUAAAUGAACAAGUUGCUAUUAAGGACACCACCGUCACGAAAACGGCAGUUGGUCCUCAUACAAUCUGCUUAGACAGUGAUGAAGAAGAAGAUACUCCUGUAAGACAUGAGAAGGCUAAAGAUACCGUUACUAAUCCAGCUACAAAUAUACAAAUUACUCAGCCACCUGUCUCUGUUACGACAGUGGCAUCGAAUGUCGUACCACUUCAAAGCCCAUCAACUUUAAACACUCCCGUGUCUGGUACUAGUAGUUCUGCUGCAAGUAAAGUUAAUCCAAUAAAAGAUAUUAAUCUUACCAAUAAAACGCCCGUUAAAAAUAAUGAAGUUACAAAUACACCAACUUCUACUCCUAUAAAACGAAUAUGCAAACCUGGUGAUAUUAUACGAAUCAAUAGCAGCAGAGAAAUUGUAAUACUAAACAAAAAUUCCCAUACUGUUUCAAAAUCAAUUGCAAACACAAUAGUGAAAGAAAAGGUAACUGCAACACCCAAACGAAACGAAAAGGUAACUGUAACUUCGCCAUCAAAUGCAGUAAAGGCUGUAAAUAUAAACAAGAAAAACGUAGACAAGUUAACCAACAAAAUCGAAGAUCCGAAAGUACGACAUGAAACAGACGCACAAUGUUCCAGUUGCGGCAACCCACUCUCUAUAUUGAAAAAUGUAGUCCACAUAGAAGCCGAUGAGUACGAUGACUCUGAAUCCAGAAAAUCAAUAAGUAAUCAAGCGCCGAAAAACAAAGAACUGAUUGUGCAUACAAUUGCCAACGUUAAAUCAAAUAUUGACAACUUAACGGAAUAUGUGCCUAUUCAAAAAGUAACAAAUAUGAAUAAACCUAUGAUUUUAAAUAACACUUUAGGAGGCCCUGCUACAAACAUUCAAAAAUUGUCUUUUACACCGUCAUCCAAAAAGAACUUGGCUAAAACAGAUUUAUUGAAAAGAAAAAUUAUCGUUACGAAUUUAAACACUGCCUCAAAAACAAACAGUGUUAUUAUCAAUUCUGUUGAUCUCACGGAUACAGUGUCUGACAACAAGAGGAAUUUUGUGGGCAGAGUUAUUGCGAUUGGAAGUAAAAACAAAAAUACCUCAAAAGGUUAUGUAGCGACCUUAUCUGGAUCGGCAAAAGACUUCAAGAUUGUUCGGACUGGAGAAAAGUCUUCGCCUUUAUCGAUUUCGGUGGAUUUGACGGGUGCUUCUUCCAGUAGAAGUAAUGACUUCAUGGCAACAGUGGACACCAAAGCGAGUGACACUAAGAAAAGACAGAAGACGACCGUAACGUCGGAAAUAGCUAAAAAAAAUAAAACAGGAGUCAUUCAAAAAACUGACGCUGAAGGACUUUGA